AAAGCAGCUGCAGGGAUCCUACAGAUCACAGCUUUGGAGACGGAGCAGAGACAGAAACCAGUCAGCCCACCAUCCCACCACCAGUGACCAACCAACAGAGAUGGCGUGUUUGGAAGCCAGACUGAAGGCCUGCGAAGAGAAGAUUGCAGACCUGAUGGGAAAAGAGAAAACCAUGGUGGCAUUCAGUGCAGCAGCAGAAUACGGUGGUGCCUAUGGCCCCUUCGAUGGAGACACCACUCUGGUUUACAACGCCUUGAUUGCAAACACUGGUGAUGCCUACAGUGCAUCUACAGGUGUCUUUACUGCACCUGUUGAAGGUGUUUAUUGUUUUAUCUUCUCCUACCAUGCUGGAGGACACAAAUUUGCACACCUAGCACUGCUUAAGAACGGCGAGGCGGUUAUUAGGACGUCUGAUCAUGCAUCCGCCGACACAGCUGAUAAUGGAGGAAAUGCAGCAGUCCUGGAGCUGAAGACAGGGGACCAGGUGAAUGUUCUCCUGGCUGCAGGCUCUCAUGUUUGGGCAUCAAGUCACCACACCACCUUCAGUGGGUUUCUGAUCCAUCAAAUGUGAGAAUUGAUGACUCCAGGUUGAAACAGGUGGCUAUUGCUGUGAUAUUACUGUGUUCAACUAAAAUAAAUCAUCUCAACGUGA